AUGGUUCAUAUCAAUUUGACUCGAUUGGCUCGUGAUUGUGAGCUUCAUAUGAGUGAACAAGAAGUUGAUAAGAUUGAAAGAAGACAUGCAAGACUUGAUAAAUCAACAGAUUCAAUUCUUCUCAUGACUCCAAUAUUCUCUAUUAUUUCAUUUGUUUUUUCUUUAACUCUUUUAGCUGCAAUUUUAUAUGCUCUACUCGGGAGGAAGAUUCCUUCAAGAAAGUAUAGCAUAAUUGUUUCACGUACUGUCGCUGACAUAUUCUCUUCUGUACUCAUCGCUGCGGCUUCUCUUUUUGCCAACUCAUAUUCUGCUUCCUACAUGGUUCUUGCCCUAUUUCUCUAUAUUUGUACAUUCGGAGUGAUUCAAUUAACUUCUUCUCAUAUUGCUGUUAUCAUUCUUCGACACAUAAGUGUGACUCGUCCCUAUGGAUUCCAGUCCAUAUGUAGUAUCCGUCGUCUAUCUCUCGUCGUUGGUUUCACAUGGUGUCUCUCUAUUAUGUAUGCUGCUUCCUAUGCACCAAUGACUACUGUAAUUGUAGAUGCAUCCAAAGAAGACAGAGUUUGCCCCUUUCAUAGUUGUCAACGUCCUCUUAUCAUCACUGCAAUCGCAAUUAUCGUUGUUUCAAUGUUUACAGUAAUCUGUUCUUACGGUAUCGUUAUUGCUAAAAUGGCACAAAUUGCUCAUAGUGAAAAAAUGCACAAUGAACCAGAAAUGACUCGAAAACGGAUGCAUAAAUUCUUCAAAUUCGGUGGUCAUCUGGCUCUUUACACUCUAAUUGUCUCAUUAAUAUUUGUUGGUUCUCUAUUUAUUCUCCAUAAUGCCGAAGAUUAUCAUCAAGUCAAUCGAAUGAUUGCAAUCAAUUGUGAUGUUUAUGAUUACCUAAACAUCAAGCUUCGACUUGAAACGAUUGCUGGAGGAGCUGUUCUCUUGUGGUGUGUUCGUAUCAUUUUUGACGUCGUCUUCUCAUUUCUUUCGGAAAUUCGACUUCUUCCGUGGAUCCGACUGGAUAAUCUUCAAGCUCUAGAUAGCAACAGGAUUGUGUCUGUACGUCAUGGAUUAGGUUGGCAGAAAGGAUGUGUCAACUGUCCUGUUUUCAACAUUGAAAAUCGUCUUCAUGCUUUAGAUUUCAAGAACUAA